CUGUGCUUAUAGGUAGUUAGUUAAUCAGUUUUUCUUAUCUUAAAUCUUAAAAACACACACAACACAGAGUGUUUCUUUUCUGUGUGAAAAAACACAAACAAAGAAAUCAAAAAAUGUUUUCUAAACCGAAAAAACACAGCGUAUCGGAGGCACCGCCGGAGAUAAAAGAGAUUUAUCAUCGUUACUCCGAUGAAGGCGGGAUCAUGACAGCAUCUCACCUCAGAAGCUUUCUGAUUGAGGUGCAGAAAGAAGAGAAAAUCACAGAAGAAGAAACACAAGCCAUCAUUGAUCAUAGAGAUCUUAAUCUUGAAAGUUUCUUCAAGUUUCUCUUUGGUGAUAAUAAUCCUCCUCUUUUACCUUCCACUGAGGUGCACCAAGAUAUGAGUUUACCAUUGUCACAUUAUUACAUAUUCACUGGUCAUAAUUCAUAUCUAACUGGAAAUCAGCUUAGUAGUGACUGCAGUGAUGCCCCCAUCAUCGAAGCACUUCAGAGAGGUGUUAGAGUGAUUGAAUUGGAUAUAUGGCCUAACGACUCUAAGGAUGAUGUUGAUGUCCUUCAUGGAAUGACAUUGACGACUCCUGUGGCACUUAUCAAAUGUUUGUUGUCUAUUAAGGAGUAUGCCUUCGUUGCAUCUGAAUAUCCGGUUGUAAUAACCUUAGAAGACCACCUUACUCCUGAUCUUCAGGCCAAAGUGGCUCAGAUGGUUACUCAAACAUUUGGAGACAUACUGUUUUGUCCUACCUCAGAAACCUUGAAGGAAUUUCCUUCACCUGAUUCACUUAAAAAAAGGAUUAUCAUAUCAACCAAGCCGCCUAAGGAGUUCCUUGAAGCUAAAGAAGAAAAGGAAAAGGAGGAAUCACAGAAGGGAAAGCCUUUAGGUGAUGAAGAAGCUUGGGGCAAAGAAGUCCCUAGUUUGAGAGGCGGUACUAUAGCUGAUUACAAGCAAAACAGUGGUGUCGAUGAAGAUGAUCUUAAGGAGGAGGAAGAUUCCGAUGAAGCGGAAAAGGCACGCCAAAAUGCAUCAGAUGACUACAGAUGCUUAAUUGCUAUUCAUGCUGGGAAGCCUAAAGGUGGAAUAGUGGAAUGUCUCAAAGUGGAGCCUGAUAAAGUGAGACGUCUAAGUUUAAGUGAGUCACAGCUCGAAAAGGCUGCUGAAACAUAUGGAAAAGAAAUUGUCAGGUUCACUCAGCAGAAUAUAUUGCGAGUGUAUCCGAAAGGUACACGCAUUACCUCAUCAAAUUAUAAUCCAUUAAUUGGUUGGAUGCAUGGAGCUCAGAUGGUUGCAUUUAACAUGCAGGGUUAUGGGAGAUCUCUUUGGUUGAUGCAAGGAAUGUUUAAAGCCAAUGGAGGAUGCGGUUUUGUUAAAAAACCUGAUUUUCUAUUGCAAACUGGUCCCAAUAAUGAGGUUUUCGAUCCUAAAGCUCAUUUGCCAUCGAAAACUACUUUGAAGGUCACUGUAUAUAUGGGAGAAGGAUGGUAUUAUGAUUUCAAGCAUACACAUUUUGAUCAAUUCUCAUCUCCAGACUUCUAUGCAAGGGUUGGAAUUGCUGGAGUCCCUUUUGAUACUGUUAUGAAAAAAACAAAGUCAACAGAUAAUAGUUGGUUGCCUUCUUGGAAUGAGGUAUUCGAAUUCCCGCUUUCUGUUCCGGAGCUGGCGCUGCUUCGCAUAGAAGUUCAUGAAUAUGACAUGUCUGAGAAGGAUGAUUUUGGUGGACAAACAUGCUUACCUGUGUGGGAACUAAGAAACGGAAUUCGAGCAGUUCCAUUACAUUCCCGCGAAGGAGAUAAAUACAACAAUGUAAAGCUUCUCAUGCGCUUUGAAUUCAUCUGAUUUUGAGCUUAGAAGUUUAGCUACUAGGUACUUGCCUCAUCAUUCCUCCCUCAAAAUCUUGUAGGUUGACGAGUAGUCAACACUUUUAAGUUUAUAUCUGAUAGAGGAGAAUGUUAGCUUGAAGUUUAAUUGGUUUCGUGAGGAUAUUCACAUGUGUUACUGUGAGACACCUGAUGUGAACAUUCUCCUUAACAAAGUAGAGGUUUAAGUUUCACAUGUUUUGUUCUUGAAUGCAGAAAUAAGUUAUAACUGAGUACUA